AUGGCGGAAAGGAGGGUCUGCUUGUCGAAAGAGGCUAAGGAUGGUUUAGAAUAUCUGAAACGUAAAAGGUUUCAGAAAAUGAGAUCAGAAGCUGUCAAUGAAACAGUAUGCUUCAGCACAGUGGCUAGAAGUGGAGGUGAUGCUUUGAGACCAUCUUCAGCCUCUUGUGGAAUGAGGUUACGGGUAACUACUAGUGACAGAGUCUCUAAUGUGAAUGGUGCAUCUGCUGGUAAGGGAGGCUUAUUGAAGGAAAAAGUGGAGAAGGAAAAAGUGGAGACAGAUGAUCUAAAAUGGACCGAAAGGCUUCCAGAAUGUCCUGUCUACAGACCAACAAAAGAUGAAUUCGAGGAUCCUUUGACUUAUUUGCAGAAAAUCUUUCCAGAAGCUUCAAAAUAUGGUAUUUGCAAGAUCAUAUCUCCUUUGACAGCAACAGUUCCCGCAGGCGCUGUGUUGAUGAAAGAGAAAUCAAACUUUAAGUUCACUACGAGAGUACAACCCCUUCGACUUGCCGAGUGGGAUUCUGAUGAUAAAGUCACAUUCUUCAUGAGCGGGAGGACCUAUACGUUUCGCGAUUAUGAGAAAAUGGCAAACAAGGUAUUUGCACGUAGAUAUUGGAGUGGUGGCUCUCUGCCCGACUCAUUCUUGGAGAAAGAAUUCUGGAAGGAAAUUGCGUGUGGCAAGACUGAAACAGUUGAGUAUGCAUGUGAUGUAGAUGGCAGCGCAUUUUCAUCUGCACCAGGUGACCCGCUAGGAAGCAGCAAAUGGAACUUGAAUAAAGUCUCAAGGCUGCAGAAGUCUACCCUGCGCCUUCUUGAAACAUCCAUUCCGGGAGUCACUGAACCGAUGCUUUACAUCGGAAUGCUGUUUAGUAUGUUUGCCUGGCAUGUUGAGGACCAUUAUUUGUACAGCAUUAACUAUCAACAUUGUGGAGCAUCAAAAACUUGGUACGGGAUUCCAGGUUCUGCAGCUCUAAAAUUUGAAAAGGUGGUUCGGGAGUGUGUGUACAAUGAUGAUAUUCUGUCAACUAAUGGAGAGGAUGGAGCCUUUGAUGUGCUUCUAGGGAAGACAACUAUAUUCUCACCAAAGAUUCUGUUGGAUCAUGAUGUUCCUGUGUACAAGGCUGUACAGAAACCUGGAGAGUUCGUCGUCACAUUCCCCAGAGCAUAUCAUGCUGGAUUUAGCCAUGGCUUUAACUGUGGUGAGGCGGUGAACUUUGCGAUGGGAGACUGGUUUCCUUUUGGAGCUAUUGCUAGUUGCCGGUAUGCUCAUCUUAAUAGAGUGCCAUUGCUUCCUCAUGAAGAAUUGAUUUGUAAAGAAGCAAUGCUUUUAAACUCGAGUUCCAAAUCAAAGAAUCUGGAUUUCACGCGUACGGAACUGGCAGGACAACGAAGCAUCAAGAUUGCGUUUGUACACUUGAUUCGUUUUCUUCAUCUGGCUCAAUGGUCUCUAAUGAAGUCAAGAUCUUGCACAGGCCUUGUUUCGAACACGUACGGAACCAUCGUAUGCAGUUUGUGCAAACGGGACUGCUAUCUGGCGUUUAUAAACUGCGAUUGUUACUCGCAUCCCGUCUGUCUCCGCCACGAUAUGAAAAAGCUUGACCUUCCUUGCGGGACAAGUCGGACCCUUUUCUUGAGGGAUAACAUUGAAGACCUGGAAGCUGCUGCAAUGGAGUUUGAGAAAGAAGAUGGCAUUUUGGAUAUGAUUACAAGUGAUGAAGAUUUAUACAUGUAUCCAUCGCCAAUCACACUUGCAGCUGCUAAAGAAGACGGAUAUUCACCAUAUUCUUCUAUAUACUUCGACUUCAGUACCGAGUUAGAGACUACAUCUAAUGACCACCAGUUGCAGCAAUCUGGAAACCCUCUCAUGAGCCAUGAUGCGAAUGCUUCAUGUAUCUCCUCAGUUGCGGAUGAUUACGAAUGCUCUGAUUACGUAAGUAGACGAGCUAACUGUAGCAGCAGUAGUGAUUAUAACAAGCUCUCAGAAGAAGUAGCAAGCAGCAGCAACAAAAAAAGUCGUUUCUUCGAUGAACUAGUCACGGAUCAGGAAAGUGACGGUUCUGAUUCCGAGAGUUUCAGAGUCAAGCGCCGUUCUUCAAUGAAAUCCGAGAACCGAACAGUUGUACACGACACAAGAGACUCCGACCAUCAUCAGGAACUUAAAAGAUUGAAGAGAUCGCAGAACUACAACGAAGGAAGAUAUAGUAAUAGCAGUAGUUUCAUUAGUAAGCAAGAGGAAGAAGAAGUGUUAGUAGUUUCAAACAGAAGAGAAACUCAUCAGCAUCAGCAUCAGCAUCAGCAGCAAUGUGACGUAAAGAAGAUAAAGAACGAGAAUCAUUUUGGUGGGUUUAAACGUCUGAAAGUGAAAGGCCUAAUAAAGCCGUAA